AGUUACGAUAACAUAAUAAUAUUUAUUCGAAAAUGUUAACUAUUUUCGACAGCAACAAAAACUCGUAAAAAUAAUGUAAGAGUCAUCUCAAUUCAUAUAAGUUUAGACCAGGAGCCCUAUUGCGAGAAUGUAACUUUAUAAUAGUUUUUAGCUUCCAAGUGUUAAAUAUGUCAUCUUUCAGAUGACUUUAAACAAAAUGAACCACUCUAGUUUCUGUUGAGCUGGAAAUAUAGUUGACAAGUUUGAUUGACUGACUCACAUAGCAAGAUGACCAGUAGUUAUCAGGGUCAGUCCCCACCAACUACUUAUAUGCAUCAUCAUCACCACAUUCGGCGCCAUCGAGUGCCUUCUGGAGGGGAGGACCCUGAGGAAGAGGAACUUGAUCCUAGAAUCCAGAUUGAACUGGAGAGAUUAAACAGAGCCAGUGAAGAGAUCAACAGACUAGAACUGGAACUUGAUGAUGCCAGAGCCGCAUUCCGCACUGCGCUGUCUGACUCAACACAACGUCUGAAUGGACUAGCCAAGAAACUAGGUGCCUGUGUUGACAAAGCUAGGCCUUACUAUGAUGCCAGAAUGAAACUUAAAGAGGCUCAUCUAGAGAGUCAAAAGGCUGCGCUAAAAUUUGAAAGGGCUUGCAGUAUGCAUGAGGCUGCCAAGGAGAUGGUGCAGUUGGCAGAAGAAGGCUACAAGCGAAGAGAACAGGACCUUGACCCAACUUGGCAAGAAAUGCUGAACCAUGCUACUAUGAAGGUUAACGAUGCUGAAAGGGAAAGAAUCGAGAGUGAAGAUUUUCAUCAACGAACUACAUUGAAUUUUAAGCAUAAGGAAGAGGAAGUGCAGAGAUUACAAAAAGAUCUUAAAAGGAGCAUCACAAAAUCAAAACCUUACUUUGAAAUGAAAGCCAAGUUCAAUCAGGUUAUGGAGGAGAGAAAAAGAGCAGUAAGCAGGCUGGAAGAAGACGUUGCAUCAACAAAAGCUUUAUACUCUCAAGCCUUACGAAGCUUAGAAGCAAUCAGUGAUGACAUUCAUCGCCAGAGGCUGGAACGUAGACAGAAAUUAGAAUUAGGAGUGAGAGGAGCUGGUGUUGGAGCUGAAUCUCCUUCUCCGCCGCCAUGGGAAAAGGGAUCUAAUAUUGAAGGUAGUGCUUCCUGCCAGUACACAGGUGAUUCUGAUCAUGGGAAAUAUCUGCCCAGUGUUGAGAAAGUGCACAGUGCUCCACUUUUCACCAGACCAACUGGAAUAAUUUGUCAUGAAACAGCUUUUAGAAAGAAGGCAUCUCUGACAGACAAUCUUUUAAUGGAUGGCAAGUUUAAAACUGAUCCUUUAGAUGUUGUGGUAUUCAAAACUUCCACUGCCAGCCCUAAGGGUGGAAUAACUUCCUACACAAAUUCACCUGUUUAUGAUGGCAAUGAUUCAGAAUCUCCUACAGAAAUUUAUUCAUACACAAACAGGGCCAGAAGUGCUAGCUACAGAGCAGCCAUAGAAAUGUCUAGUAAACCUUCAGUGGCUAAGCCAAAUUGGUCUAGAAAUGAUAGCGUAGUUGAGGGAAAUGAAGAUACCAGCAGUGAAGCAACCAUACCAGAUUGCCACCCUCAAGAUAGUACUCAGAAUGAGGUUGUUAAUGACAAGUUUGACAGACUUUCUGACAGUCUAACUUCUCCCAUCUGUGAUAUUGAAAUAAGUCAGUCAAGUGUUCGAAGAGCCCAGGAAUGGGUCAACAAGUCCCCAGUCCCUCAGCAAAGAAGUUUUGUCAAGUCCAAGAGUCUGAUUGAUGCCUCAGCAUCUCAUCUCAGCUUGGAGCAGCAGCAGAACUUCAAUCUUUCCUCGUCUCUAACCUCGGAGAUUUUUAGAGGAGCAGCGGCACGAUAUACUGCUGAUGUCCCCCGACCUGUUGCACAACUUACCUACCAUCCUGCUCCACAUUCAGAGAACACAUCAGAUACUAUUUGCCCACCUGGCUCCCCAUCAGUUCACAGGAAAUCUCCCAAACUACAAGGACUUAUUCUUUGCGUUGACCCAGCGGGGCUAGUGAGCUCCACUUCACAAAUUUCUCCUAAUCAAACAGCAGCUGUGUCAGCUGAUCAGGCCCCUAAACCAAUGAUAUCCACCCAACAGUUAUUCUUUGCAGAUAAAAAGACCCAGUUGCCAAUGACCACUGUCCCAAAGCCCCCAUCAUCUCUCAUUGCUCAGCAGAUGAACAAAAUGAUGAAUGCCAACAAGACAGCCUACACUGCAAAAACUGUUGCAUCCACAUUGAGUACGUCCUACAGUCUAGCCCAGCCCCCCAUCAGCCAGCCUUCUCCUGUUUAUAAUUCUAACCAGACUCCAGUUUUGUUAACCUCAGGGGUCUCUGUCCGGCAUCAUCUGACCUCACCUACACCCUCUUCACCCUCAGCUGAACGGGUAUCUUUGUCGGGCAGGAGUGACACCCUUUCUGCUUCCAGUAGCCGGGGUGCCUUUCUAAAGCCCCCAUCAGACAGUUCAGACACAGAGAGUAUAGCCAGUACAGGCCCAAUGCUAGAUGAUGACCAGGUUGAGCUGAUUAACAUGGAUUUCUCCGAGCAGAGUAUUGGGUCAGAAGCUGUUGAUGAUAGUGCGUACUUUGGAGAAGACAGGAUGCCCGUACCCCGAGGACACUGGUCCCGCAUGAGUCUUCCUCCAAGACUAAGCUAUCUGGAAGGUUUUCUUGAGAGAGCACGGCUUUAUUCGUCCUCUGCAGGCCAGAAGAAUGAUGACAACUUUGAAGAUAAAGCUGUCUCUGAAGACUCCACAGACAGCAGUCCUUCAUACCUAGACAACAGUGAGCCAAUAGAUAUGAGUGCUUCUAGAAGUCCCACUGUGUUGAAUGCUGAAGGCAAACAGAAUGAAGAUUUCUGUCAUCCAGACAAUACCAUAGACCUAAGUGGCAAGAAGAAUGGUGUCAAUCUCUCAACUCCCACUGCAACAGUCAUUGAGUCAAGCUCUGUUUUAUCAAAAGACCCUCAGGAUAAUAUUUCUACUUGUGAUAUGAAAGCACCUGACACACAGACAGGUCAAGCUGUGGACAAAAGUGAUGAUUCUGCUGACAGCCCCAACCAUCUCCACAAUGUAGCCAAAGAUGGCUCUUUGCCUCUGAGUGCAGCUGCAGACUGGGACAAAAGUGAAUAUUUUGUUUGAAGCUCAAUUCAACCAACGGAUGACCUAUCAACCAAUUACUCAGACAUCUAUUUUUUUCUAGAUGUAGAUAUUGUUAAUUUGUAGAUAUGUUGUUUUUUUUUAAAGUGAUCAAAAUUCAUUGUUGUUUUUUUUUAAGAAAGUUCUAUUAAGCAGAAAACAUUUCUUACAGUGAUCUUAGAGGUGAAAUAUAUGGGAUGGUACGCUCACUAUUAUGGCACUGAUAUACAAAAUGGUGAACUGUGUAAAAGUUGUGAUCUAAUUCAAUAAUUUCUCUACUGAUCCUAGUCAACAAGUGCCAGCUCAUGACACAAGCAACAGAAGCUAAUGUGCCACUGAUUUUUUUUUUCUUUUGAAAAUGCUCUAGAAUUUUUAUUUUUUUAAAUGGUAGGGCAAUUAGCUGACCAGGGCACCAAAACCCACUGGCCUUUUCUGGUCAUAUAGAACUUGUUUAAAUGAUUCCCUUGCUCUUAUGAUCAGAGUAACUUCCAUUAAAAUGGAUGAAUUGUUCUUUAAUAUUAUUAGCAGUGAUUGUUUUGUUGUUUUAAUUUUUCCAUAUCAGUAGAUCUAGAUAUACAUUAUAUGAAACAUACAUGAGGUUAACGUUGAAAUUGUCACACUAUCCGGGUCAUCAUUUUUUAGUUGGCUGCAUCCCAUAUGUCACAGUUAAAAACUGUGAAACAGUCACUCUUCGUUCUUAAGAAUUAAGAAAUGUCUAUUCUCCACUGUGCAAUAGUGUGAACUAGUCUUUUACCUCUUUGUACUAAAUGUUUUGUUUCUUCAAUUUCUUUUGCAUUUUUAAUUUAUAUAUUUUUUCUCAUGUUUGAAGUUUAUAAUUAAUUACAUUCUGUUUUUACUAGUUCUUGUUUGAAACUAGAUUUCUAGUUGUAUGCAACAUUGGACCUACUUAAAGAUGCCAACUCCUCAAUAUAAGUUGAAUGGAGUGGUGACAAAAUCAAAAAGUAUUGUCAGUACUUGUAAUAGUAUGUAUAUAUAUAUAUUUAUUAUAGUACUAGUAUUUCCUCCCAAAUAAUCCUGAGCCAAUAUCUCCACACUUAAUCUUAAAUUCACAUUAACAUCUUGUCCAAUAAGUCAAGACAGCAUUCCAAUGAAUCACAGGGGAAGAGGACUAAAUUCAAAGAGCAUUACCAUCAAGCUCUCUAACAGUACACCAAAUGUCUACACUUCCAUAAUGAUAGGUAAUUGCAAAAACAAAAAUUCAUCUUAUUAAAAAAAAUAUUAAUUUUAUCAGUCUGUUUGAUGGAGACCAAUCGACAUAGUAGGCCUCAACAUUGACCUCCGACGUCGCAACCAGUGGAGACCAAUAGCUUGUUGUCACGUCAUGGCAACUAGCUAUUGGUCUCCAUGGCUUACAGGUUGUGACGUAGCAGGUUAGUGUUCAGGCCUUCUAUGACGAUUGGUCUUGGUUUGAUAGUGUUAGACAUGUAGAUCUUAUAUUUUUGGGAUUGUUGAUGCAACGGUUAAGGUUUAUCUCACUACUUACCCUUCUAGGAGUUGAAGCAAUGAGAUGUAAUCAUAAUCUUCUUUAAAUAAAUACAAGUAUGGUAACCUGUUUUUUGUUUUAUUCUUUGAAUGCCACACCAGCACCAUAGCGAAGUCAUCAGCAGUUACACAACUCAGAAACUUACUAGUCACUAACCCUACCUGCUUGAGAAUUAAAAAAAAAACAACAGCUUUCCAAACCUUGUCUUCUCCUAAAAAGCACAAAAUCAUAACAAACUGUUCUUGCAGGGCUGUGGAGUUUGAAUCAAUACUUUUGUUUAAAAAAGGAUUCUAUCAGUCAUAAGUCUGUAACAUUGGUCCUAUCCAUUGUUUGCAGGCUGACACAGCUGGAUAAUAUGUGCCUACUCUUGGGGGUGAUUCCUUUGGUCCCUAAUCUAUGACCCUAGCUUCCUAAUGUUAGGAGUUAAAAGAGUUUGUUUUUAGUAAAUAUGUAUCAAAAAUGUACAAUAAAAAUAAUCUUACUAUUGUUUGUAGAGUUAUACAAUAAACAUUACUUCAUUAUU